AUGAUAUUCAACAGCAGUGCGACGGAUCUGUUGGUUCAUUAUGGUCAUCAUUUCGGGCAAACGGUCCACGCCCUUUGCAACUUCCAAGCCCUUCUAACAAACGGAAUUCUACGGAUGGGAGAAUUAGCUGAUGCUCCAGAGGAAAACUUUACAGCUGAGGAACGACAUGAGCAUCGUGUUUUCCAAGAACUUCUCAAAUCUGUGGCAGGCCUGGAAGAGCGUUUGAUGCAGGGCAGAGAUGAUGAGGUUGAUGCUGUAGCGGAGCUGGCAAGCACAUCUGGAGCAAGAGGUGAUGAUACAAAAAGUCUCAAAGGCAGUGUCCUCAAUUGGAUUACCCCAAAGGGACAAAAUAUCAUUCCUCCUCUCGCUCGCAACAUGAAAGUCGACCGCGGUUUUCACCAUGAACGGACAGGUGCAUUACUUUGUCCUGCUGGCCUCGACUGGUCUAACUCCGAGACAAAAGCUAAACUAAAGAGUGGUGAGAUCAUUGUGACUGGAGACCAGUGGCCGCUGUUCUUGUACGCAGACUACCAUUAUGAUCCCGAGGAUCCAUGGAAUGGUCUGUUUCGAAGCGCCUUACUUGUUUGUGCAUAUAGACACACCUUCACAUCCCCCAGUUCUGUGGACAGAGAACUGAAGGCAACUCGUUCAGGUAAUGCUCAGAUUCAUGGAAUGACCCGAGUUACACUGCCCUCCAUCGCAUAUAUUGCAAUGCAGAACAGAUUUUCCCUCACCUCAUCUCCUGUGUUUUCGUGUACAGACACAGUCACCGACUCGGAAAGGUUCUACAAUUCCAUUUUAGAUAUUUUUGAAGACCCGGAUGAGAAGCAAGAAGUGAAUGACCUUACUGUAUGGUGGAACAGGCAAAUUUUCCCUUCAUACUCGACCGCUCAGCAUCCCCUGGUAAAGAAUAGCGCGCUAGCGAGGAUCCGAGAGAAGCGAGCACGAACGAAAGAAGUGUCAGUGCCUGAUGGUGACGGUGGCAGUUUGUAG